UCUCGGAUGCUACAGUAAUUUUUUAUGGAAGUUAAGGAUAAAGUGAAAACUCAAUCUACUGUUGUGUAUUUUUUUCAAAUGGUGUUGUUUUUCAUUUAGUAGUUGAAGAUAGUGUAAUUUUUUAUUAAAUAUUUAAUAAAAUAAUUGAAAAUGCAUGAAUUAGAAAGCAUUAACACAAUAUACAUCAAUAACCUCAAUGAAAAAAUUAAGAAAGAGGAGUUAAAAAGAUCAUUGUUUGCUGUGUUUUCACAAUUUGGAACUAUUGUUGAUAUUCUUGCUUCAAAAAAUUUGAAGAUGCGAGGCCAAGCAUUUGUGGCAUUCAAAGAUCAUGCUAGUGCCAGAACAGCAUUAAAUUCUAUGCAAGGAUUUCCUUUUUAUGACAAACCUUUGAGAAUUCAAUAUGCAAAAACAGAAGCUGACUGCAUAGCAAAAAUGAAAGGAACAUAUGUAGAACGUCCAAAAGUUCCAAGAUCAAGUACUGGGGAAAGGAAGAAGAAAAAAGGUUCUAAAGAACAACCUGCUGCUGUUGGAGCAGUAGCACAGCAGUUUCCUGUGCAGCCUGGUCUUCUGCCUGGUGUAGCUCCUGGAGCUAUGGUUCAAAACUUAGUGUCAAAUGUCUUUUCUUCUCAUCCUGUUGCAGCAGUUCCACCUAAUAUGGAGCCGUCACCUAAUCAAAUUCUAUUUCUAACUAAUCUUCCUGAAGAAACAAAUGAAAUGAUGUUAACUGUUCUUUUUAGGCAGUUUCCUGGUUUUAAAGAAGUGCGACUUGUUCCUGGAAGGCAUGAUAUUGCUUUUGUGGAAUUUGAUAACGAGGCAGUAGCUGCUGCUGCCAAAGACUCUCUACAAGGUUUUAGAUUGACUCCAACGCAUCCAAUAAAAAUUACAUUUGCCAAAAAAUGAGAGACUUAAAAGUAAUCAAUUGUAAAAUGGGAAUUCAACUUUAUUAUAUUUCAUUUUAUUCAAAUCAUAUGAUAUUGUGGAACUGUUUGAGUAGAUAACUUAUUACAUUUUCUUUUGACCCUUUUUGAAAAUUUAUAUAUUUUUUCUAAGAAAUUUCCUUUACAUGAAUUGAAUAUCAACAUGAAUAUUUUUUUUUAUUAUCAAAAUCUUUUAGCAAAUCUUGCAUUUCAUAAUCUUUAUGUUAAUUUCUGUAAUGUGAACAUAUUUUGUUGGUUGUAUCAUCUGGGUUAUGCCAUUGUAUGUCCAUUUUGUCUGUAAAUUUUGUUUAUUUUUGUGAAUGAUUUCUAUUAUGUCCAACCUAUUUAGUUUUGUAAAAAAUUGAACACUUGAAUGAAGUUUUAAUAUUCUUUCCUAAAACUUAUAUGUUUUUGUCUGGUCUUGGAAUGUACACAAUGCAUUUAAGGAAAAUCUUAUAAGCUUAUUACAUAUUAACAAGCUUCAAGUUAUUGAUGAUGAUUGAUUUAUUCACUGCUUUAAAAUAAAAAGUAGUGUGAAAUAUUUUAAUACUACAAUUCAUUUUAGUGUUUUGUAGAACUGGAGCUCUUUGUUACAACUUCGAUAUACAGUGAAACUUCUGAGUUACAACCACCACUAGGACCAAAUAAGUAUUUUCAUAGUUGGUGUGUAAAUUCAGAGUUAUAAGCAUGCUUAAAGAAAAACUUAACUUUUUAUUGCAAAAAGAAUACCAUUGAUAGAGAGUCUCCAUAUAAUGGUUUGUUACAAAAUUAAUGUGCACAGUUAAUUGGUGUACAUUAAUAACUUAAUACUUAUUUCUAAGAAAAUAGCACAUCAAUAAGUAAAAUUUUUAUAUAACUGGAAUGUCAUACAUUUUCUAAGUCUGGGGCACAUGAUAUAAAUUGCUAAUUGCUUUCAAAAAAAUAAUAAAAAGUUCAUUGUUUUAUAAGCAAAUACAGUUAAUAGGAAUUAUGAGCAAAAAAAAAAAAGAUAAAAGCAAUAGCUUUACAGAGGUGGUCAGUAAAAGAGGUUUCAUUGUAUAUAGAUUUCACAUGUUGUAAAAAAAAAUUUUGUACUUGGAUGUGAUAUACAUUAUUUUUCAAUGUAUUGUUAAAUUUUUUGUUGCAUUGCUGAGAAAGAACUUCUUGUAAUUUUCUUUACAAUCUUUUUCAUAUUAAAUUUUUUUAGCAAAUUAUUUUAAUUCUUAAUACUUUCCAAUGUUUGGGUAACUAAUGAAUAAGCAAAAAAUAUUAAUUGAACUAAUCUACUGUUUGCUUUUAAUAUAAUUUUUUCUGUAAAAGUUCACAAUUUUGCUUAAUUAUUCAUGCAAAUCUUGUGAUGCAACAAUUAUUUGUCAAAUGAGUAGAAUUUCACUACUCAGUCUUAUGUAAAAAUUAAUUUUUGAAAUUUGAUAAAUAAAAUGCUUUUUUUUUU